AUGUCACACCAUAACCAGAACACUGGUGAUGCUUUCCCUAGUGAUCCGAAUAGCACAACAACGUCUUUAGAGAAAAAAGAAGACGCAACAACCACUACUGACACCACUGUGGAUGAAGUUACUAUGAUCCGGCAACGACUCAAACGCAAGCUUGACAUUCGGUUGACCCUGUGGUCAAUGGUCGCGUUCCUUACCCUAUUCAUCGACAAAAGUAACAUGCCGAAUGCAUACAUCAGUGGCAUGAGAGAAGAUCUCGAUUUGGAAUCAGCUGUAUAUAAUUGGGCCGAUACGAUGAUGAGUAUUGGCAUUAUCAUAUUCCAGAUCCCAGCUGGCGUGAUCCUACCCAAGAUUUACCCAAGAUGGUUCUUUCCAUCGUUAGCGGUUACUCUAGGCAUAAUACAAUGCUGCAUGGCCUUUGUCAAGAACCAUCAAGGAUUAUUGGCAUUACGUUUUUUCCUUGGCGUUUCUCACUCGGCCAUUCAACCGGGCAUUGUUUACCUAUUGGGGACAUGGUACACAGAAAGGGAGAUUGCCAAGCGGAUCACAACGUUAAGGUCAAUGAUGGGUUUGGGUUCUGGUGUUGGCGGUCUUAUUGCUGGCGCGAUAGUGCAAACCUUGGCAAAUCAAGCUGGACUAAGAGCAUGGCAAUGGUUAUUCGUAAUCGAAGGUUUAAUCGUUGUGGCUGUUGGACUUGCUGGGUAUAUGAUGGUGCCCAAUUACCCGCAUCAAACGACAUCAUGGAUUCCUGAGCAUGAAAGAAAGGCCACACUUGAUAUACAAGCGUCAGGAAAUGCUGUUAUCCACUCAUCAUCCUCGCCAUAUAAAUGGGAAAACAUCAGAGAUGGCAUCGUCUCCCCGUAUCCAUGGCUACUGGGUUGUAUCAACAUCUUUGAAAUCUUAUUGCGACAAGCGGUGAAGACGUUUGUAAUUGCUUUAAACGAUUUGGGAUAUGACAGUGCCUUUGCCAACUAUAUGUCAACGCCAAUGCAUGUCUUUGGUUGCAUUGUCAGCGCAAUUAUUGGAUGGAGCUCUGACUGGUUUGGUGAUCGUGUGAUUCAUCUCACUGUUACGGGCAUUUGGGCUACCGCUUGGAACGCUGUACUUGCUGGGGUCCAUCAAGGACAUACACCUGCACCCUUACUCAUCGUAGCAGGUUACGCAUUAGAUCCAAUGUCAGUGAUCCCAUCUUUGGCAAUGAUAUGGUCCCUCAUCAUCUACAAGGGCAACCCAAAUUUACGAGCUCUGGCGGUUGGCAUCAUCAAUUGCAUUGGGCUGCUCGUACCAAGUCUAAUCACUGUCAAACUGUGGGUCGUUACAGAUUCACCUGUGUUUUGGCUUGGUAAAAUUACCAAUGUGGGCUUUGGGUGUGCCUUGAUCUUGACCACCUGGAUAGUUUGGUUCCUUUUACGUGUCCGGUUUCGACUCCCACAACGUGCUUCUAAUGAUAUACCAUCCAAAGAGGAUCAAAUAAAGCAAACAAAUGACGUUGCCUAG